AGCGCCUCCGGGACUUGAGCGAGCUUAAAGUACCUCCUAUCUCGUCAAAUAAGCUCAAGGCAGAGCUCUGUUUCCUCUCUCAACAUCAUAUGCAGUCCGAAUUCGAGUCCUCAAUGUCGACGUCCACAAAGGACGAGACACAUGUCCCUUUAGAUCUUGGGAUAACGGACAUGAAACAUCUGAUCAAGCGUCCAUCCAACGCCUCAGCAAACUCGGAGAUGAACCAGCCAUCACCCAUGAUCCUCGUCGAAGAGUGCCGCUUCCAGUGGGAUAUCCCUCACUACCCUGAGAUCGACGACUUGGGCCAUGCCCAAUCACCAGGGCACGAGAAUCAUCCGACAUCGAAAUCUCUGGAACACCGCAAGGCUGUCUUGAAUUCGUUCGACUGGCGGAACAAGAUACUUCUCGAGCUGGAGGAACCCCCCUUCCUGGCUACUGUCGCUACCGCAAAGUCUGUCAUGAAACAGCUUCUCGAUCUGGAAAUUGAGGAACACUGUAUCGAGGGUUUCGGGAGUUCGGAAGUAGUCCAACUUGUCGACACGUACAAACUGCUUCGCGAUGACCAGACUUGUGGCCUACGUUUGCUCUAUGACCAGGCCAUAGAUGAAAAGAACCGACAUGCACCAACUGACAGGAUUGACUGCAUUCGCUGGGUUUGCUACUAUAAUCCAAUCAUGACUCGAGCUCUUGAGUUGGCAUACAAGUACUGCAGGGAUGACAAGGAACGUCUUGUUGUAUAUGUCGAAGAUCCAUGGAUUCAGUGGUAA